AUUCGUACCGAUAAACAGAGAUAUCGAUUUGCGGGAGACCAUCAGUACCAUCACUAUAGCAGUUGCCAUUCACUGGGAAGCGCAAAAAUGGUCUAAAACUGAAAUGUUUUUCAAUUUUCCGACAUUUUCCGGCCUCCAAAACACUGCUGGAAAAUGUUGUUCCGCUCAGCAAAAAGCAAGUUCGACGCCGGCGACGUGAUGCGUCGAAUGAAGCGCCUGGCGGAGGGCACGAUGUCCUCGUACCGCCGCCUCUUCCUUCUGCUCCUCUGCGUCUGUGUGGUCUUCUAUAUGAUUCCGCCGAUCUUUCGCUAUAUCUUCCUCAGUGCCCCCGAACAGAAGGAUCCCCACAGCAUGUGCAUGGACGACCGGCUGACGCCCUUCAUCCUCCAGAGCUUUGAGUUCGAUGCCAAUAUCCGUCACGUGUCACCAGCGAAAAUGGCCGGUGAACGCGAUUUCACGCCCUACGUGGGCAACGGCUAUCUGGGGCUGGAGAUCACACACGACGCCUAUCUGAACAUCAAGAAUGGCAGGGCCAUGCAGCUGCCUAUUCGCUUCCAGCCGGUGCUCUCCGUUUUUGGAGGCUCCGUAUCUGGCGGCGAAAAGGAAGCCACUGUCGUCGAGUAUCUGACGGGAAUGGUCCAUCGAUUCCAGUGCUUUGCCGGUUACUUCGUUUCGUACACCUACUAUGCCCAUCGCACUCAGCCAAAUAUCUUCAUGCAGGAGCUGCAGAUCACUAACACCAGAAACCUUUUGGAGGACAUUGAACUAAUCAUGCCACGCGUCAAUCUCCAGAAGCUCACCAGGCGAACAGUGCCCCUCAGUGAACCCGUCUCCGUUGGAGUGUUUACCUACACAGAGUUGGAGGUGCUUACGGGCACAGUCCAGCUUCAGUCAGAAAAUCCCAGUAAAUCCAUUGUUAUUAGCAUAGUGAAGCCGCAGAUGGACUCCAAACUGCAGCUGAGAAAGCGGGGCACAGUUCGCAUUGUGUAUCCCACAGCAGUGCAAUACUCGAAACCAGUGGCGGAGGCCCAAGUCGGCGGUAUAAGCGAGGCCAUUGAGCAGCAGGCCACUCAGGCGAUGGCCAAGCUACUGCAGAAGCUUGGCUCCAAGCCCUCGAACCCAGGAUCCUUGAACAGCGUAAACAUCUAUCGCCAGGAGCACAUUGACGUUUGGACUGAUUUGUGGGCCACUGGCUUUACGAUAAGCACCUCCAAGGCGGAGAACAGCUUGAACGGCGAUCGCAUCAAUGCCACUAUGUAUGCAGUUCUGUCCCAGGUGCGCAGCUUUGAGUUUGAGGAGACGGGCGGCUCCAAAAAAGAGGAUAUAGCCAAGGCGCUGACCUACGCCGAAGGCUGCUACGAUUCGUAUCACACUCUGCAAGCGGAGAAUCUUUGGCGGGAGAUGUCCAAUCUCCAGCAGCUCAAUUCCCUGGUUACAUCGUGGAUGCUAACGUUGGAGAAGCAGGGCUGCCACAAUCUCAUCCGAGCGGGAGCUUCGGGAGUCAUCCAAGCGAUGGUCCUGAGCUUUGGCAGUUUUCGUUUCAGCAAUCAGCAUCUGGAGUGCAACAUCCAUCCGAAGUUUCUGCAUAGGGACUUCCACUUCAGGCGCCUCAAUUACGGCAACAAAACCCAUGUCAAUGUCACCAUUAUUGUGGAUUAUGACAACAAGGCGGUGAUCAACAUCGCGCUGGAUCGUUCGGACAGGAGCUACUACGCUUGCGAUGGCGGCUGCCUGGAUGAGCCCGUGCUGCUCACACAAAAUCGACGACAAUUCCCAGUCAAACUGACUGAACCCCUAACAGCAAUAUUAUACAUAACCGAGGACAAGCAGCACAUGGAAGAGCUGCACCAUGCCAUCCACGUAAAGGAAGUGGUCGAGGCUCCCGCGCAUGAGCAGCAUUUGAUAGCGCUGCAUCGACAUGGCCACCAACUGGGUGGAUUGCCCACGCUUUUCUGGGUUUCUGUGUGUGCAAUAAUCAUAGUAUUCCACAUAUUCCUGUGCAAGCUCAUUAUCAAGGAGUACUGCGAACCGAGCGAUAAGUUAAGAUAUCGUUAUAACAAACCGUGAUUCUAGUUGUAUAUAAAAAUUGGAUGCUAGUAAAAUAUGAUUAUCGAAAUGCGAAA